AUGGCAGCGAAGCUUCGUACUCUAAGUCGAUCCGUAGUCCGUGCCCUUCAUACCAUUGAAGGUCGUGGUUCAAAUCCUGUGCUUUGCAAGAGGCUCAAGCUACCAGUAUCCGGCAGAGGCUUAACGAGUUUAGGCUCGAUGCCGGUCAUCGCUUUGUUGGCUGAUGCCUCUUCAGCUAACGGCAAAGCACUCCUGGAACUGCUCCCACAAAUCUCCGGGACGUCCACCUGCCUCGUUGGCAACUCCCUCGCCGACUUCAAAGACCUGAAAAAUCUGCCAGAUGUUGAUGUUGUUUUGGUGGCGGUGUUUGCAGCAGGAAAUCCUGCAGUCAUUGCUGAUCUGUGGCCUCAUAUGACACGCUUGAAGUGGAUCCACAGCCUGGCUGCGGGAGUAGACACGCUGGUGCCGGUGCUCAACUCUCUGCCAGGGGGUUCGGAGAUCCCGUUGACCAAUGCCAAGGGAGCUUUCUCGAGAUCCCUGGCCGAAUACUCCCUUGCAGCAAUGCUGCAUUUCAACAAGCAGAUCCCGAGAUUACAGAAAAAUCGCACGACAAAGACUUGGGACAAGUUCAUUAUGAACGAACUCCACGGACAAACCGUGGGAUUCAUUGGUUUCGGCGAUAUCGCACAGUGCACGGCGCGCCUUUGCAAGGCCUUUGGCAUGCGGAUCCUUGCGUGGCGGAAUACCCGAGGAGCCUCGGGUGAGGAGUUGGCCGACGAAGUCUUCUAUUCCAGCGACGGAGUUGGCGCGAAACAGGAAGUCUUCAAGCAGUCAGACUACGUGAUCUGCUCACUGCCUGGUGGUGCCGCAACUUACCACUGCUGUGGGGCAGAUGAGUUCCAGGCCAUGAAGCCCACCUCUGUCUUCAUCUCCAUGGGUCGAGGCUCCUGUGUAGAUGAAAGCGCCCUGGUUCCAGCGUUGACAAGCGGCCAGAUUGCAGGGGCGGCUCUUGAUGUCUUCGAGAAGGAGCCGCUGCCGGAGGAGUCUCCAGUUUGGAACUGUGAAAACUUGUUGUUGAGCCCGCACAAUGCCGACCUUACGAGUCAGUACAUGGAGCUGACCUGGAACCUGUUCCGGCACCGAUUGGAUGAAUUCACUUCCGAGGGCUUUUCCGGUUUCCAGAACGUCGUUGACAAGACGAAAGGAAUGCUGUACUUCCUCGCCUGUUUGGUCGGGCAGACGGUCACCGUUAAGCUGAAGAACCAGACGAUUUACGAGGGAGUCUUCCACAGCUGCUCCACAGAAGGUGAUCUUUCGAUCACUUUGAAAUCAGCCCGAAAAGUUCCCACUGGAAAUGGGAAAAGUGGCGAGGUGAAGGACGAACUGGUGGUUGCAGGAAAGGAGUUCCUGCAGGUGUCCGCGGCCAACGUGCCCCCGGAGCCCAAGCAGCACAGCGCCUUCAAGACUGACGGUGAAAUAGCUGAAGGCUGGGGCGAGGGUCGCAACCGGGAACUGGUUGCCUGGAAAAGCGGCGGUGAGGCGAGUGCCCCUGCCGGUGUUUCCCUCAACCUGGAAUCCGGCGGUCGCCAAAUCGGCACCUGGAACCAGUUCGAGUAUAACGAGAAGCAGUUUGGUAUCACUAGCACCUACUCUGAGGACCUAUACACGACGAAGCUGGAUCCCAGCAAAAUCCCAGAGCAGAAGCGAAAAGAUGCCGAACGCAUCGCCCGCGAAAUUGAAAGCGGGCAGAGCUACGGCAGGAUAGAAGAAGGCGUCAAUGACGACGUCGACGAGGAAGCGCAGUUUAGCGCCGUCGGCUCUUCGCAAGCUCGGGAGCCAGUGCACGCUCCACUGACUGUGGAGAACGUGUCGCAGCAUGAUGCUGCAUCUGCAGCUGAACUUCAUGCUGCUGAUGGUUUCGCCCGAGAGCACAGGGCCAAGCGCUACAUGAUCACAGCGCACUCGCGUGCCCCGCAGCUCUCCGAGAUGAAAAGCAUCAAUGCCUUAAACCUAGAGCCUGCUUUGCCCAAGUUCGAUGACAAGACCCGAUCGGAUUGGAUCAAUUUCAAGCAGUCACAGUCGCGAACGCGACAGGGGCAGCCACCUGCUGGAAUCAAGGAUGAGCUUCAGCAGUCGUUGCAGGCCAUCCAGCAAAAAGACGCAACCCAGAAGUCUGCGGCCACACCAGGUGCCAGCGGCUCCGGAAAUGCCGAAGCAAAAGGAUUUCAGACGGAUGCUUCUGCUGCGGCACAUGAGCCUGAGCAGGCGCAAGAAGAGAAAAAGGGCGGAAAGGGGAACUCCAAGUUUUCGUUCAACCCGUCUGCGAAGGAGUUUUCAUUCAAUCCGCAAGCCGCGACGUUUACGCCCACCAACGCUGCUGUGGCACAGCGUUCGGAGUCGAAGACCAGCGCUUCCCAAGGAGCGAGGAAGAACGACUCAGCACCUGCACACACUGAAAAAGCGAUGGCACCUGGGCCAGUGAACAACUCAGCGGCCUCUCGUCAGCCGACCAAGUCGUUUGCCGAGUUUUUAAAGCCAGUGAAGGGAGGUGCACGGAAAACAUCUCUGGAAGAUCUGCUGAGCAAGUUGUACAAGACGUGUGAAACUGCCAAGCCGCAGAACUGUCCGCCGACGUGGGAGACCAACGGGCCUUCCUACAAAGAGAUCUUGGGCCAGCCAAAUCCGGCCAACCAGAUGGCAGGAAGCGCCGCCCACCAACUGCAGCAGCAAGUGAAGCAGAUGCAGGCUGGACAGCACCAGCAACAACAGCAGCAAAUGCAGCAGCAACAGCAGCAACAGCAGCAACAGCAGCAACAGCAGCAGCAGCAACAGCAGCAACAGCAGCAGCAGCAGCAGCAACAGCAGCAGCAAAUGCAGCAGCAACAGCAGCAACAACAGCAGCAACAGCAGCAACAGCAGCAGCAGCAACAACAGCAGCAGCAACAACAACAGCAGCAGCAACAGCAGCAACAGCAGCAGAUGCAGUCCCAGCAGGGCCAGCAGCAAAUGGGCAUGCAACUGAUGCAGCCCACAGGUCCUGGCGGCCAGAUGGGACAAGCAGGUUUCAUCAUGACCGUGCCAGGGUGUGCCAACGGACAGCAGCCGAUGAUGCCGCAGCAGAUGUUCCAGCAGAUGCCGCAAGGGGGUGGCCGGGGAAACAAUGCUCAGGGAAUGCAGCAGAAUCAACCGCAGCCCCAAAUGCAGAUGCAGCAGCAAGGAAACCAGCCACAGCAGCAGAUGGGUUUUGUGCCUCAGAACAUGAUGGGCGGCCAAGUCGUUGCCAUGCCUGGUGCGAUGGGGGCUCCACAGGGCAACAUGGGCAUGGCUGGCAUGGGCGCAAUGCCAAAAUUCGGACAGGUGGUUCCGAUGAUGGUGCCCGCCGGCCAAUUCCCGCAAGGUUUCAUGCCACAGGCACAAGGCUGCAUGCAGCAAGGCAUGCAAGGUGGCCAACAAGGAGAUGGCAUGAUGAUGCAAAAUCAGAUGAUGCAGCCAGGCGGAGGUGCGGGUCACAUGCAGGGCUGCGGUUACCGCGGCAUGGGUCCUGGUGAGUGA